AAAAAUCCCAAUACAUGUGAAUUAAUUGGUUUACAUGAAAGUUAUAGCAUUUUCAAAUGUAUAUAUAUACUGGGAUUUUUUUUUUUUAUUUUUUCCUAGUAAUGGCGGCGAUCAGCGACUUAUAGUGGGACUGCUGCAGGCAUGCUGACACUGGGGGAACUGGCUUGGUGUCACCGACAUCCCCAGUGACACCAAUACAGUGAUCAGUGCUAAUAAAAAGCACUGACACUGUACAAAUGGCACUGAGCAGGAAGGGGUUAACAUGAGGGG